CACAUGCAUUGUCUUCUGGGUUAGUGUUGUGAUUUUGAUUGUCACACAAAGAACGUUUUCUGUGCAAAGAAGAUUCUUUCUCUGAUGAAUUGUCCAGUCAUCUGAGUCCUUAAUAAAUUGUGAGAACGUCUGAAAGCCCACCACCGAGAUGAUCAGUGAGACGGACACGUCAGUGACGUCGUCGGAAGAUCUGACAGUCGAGGAAGCAGCUCUGGAAGAAAUCCAGCUGCAGAAUGUUGCUCCUGAGGAAGUGAUCAUCAACCAGUAUGCCCAGAAGGUGAUUGAUUUUAGCUCUCAGUAUGGCAGUGACACUAGCAUAUCCUAUACGGCCUACAACAUCACAGGGAGACCCUCAAAAUUCCCGGACUACGGUGACUUUCCGGAGACCUUUGCUAUGAGAACUUAUGGCAGAUGGUGGGACAUUGCACCAUCAGCCAUGCGAGAAUUGCAACCCAGCAAUAUCCAGGACAUUCCAAUCCAUGACUUCAUUGUGGUGGAAUUUGAGGAAUUUGUUAUCCCUCAGGCCAUUUCCAUCUACGAGACCUACAAUCCAGGAGCUAUUGUAAAGAUCUGGGCAUAUUUCAGCACCACCGAAACUUGGCAGUGCCUCUGGAGCUCUUUUCCGGACAUCUAUGUCGAGAAGAGACCUCGGAAAUUCAGUCCUCCUCUCAAAAGAAUUCCCCUGCCGACAAAAAUAAUCCGACUGGAGUUUAAUCAUAUCUUCCUGGACUACUUCACGGAGAUCGAUGGAAUUGUACUGACAGGCAGGAAAUGCGAUGUCAGAGAGAUUGGUGAUUCUGCCAUGAGGAAGAGCAAAAAGGGCCCCAUUUUGCGGAAGCUUGAGAGUGUUCAGUUCAAAUUGCGCCAAAUUGAGAAUCACACUGAUAUUCUCAAGGAUUUUCUGGUCAAUGACUUGGGGACUUUCAUGAAGGAGGCUGGCCUGGUACCUGAAGACAAAGACGAUAAUACUCCACAGAUAACCUUAAAAGACUUACCUUGUGAGAUUUUAUUUAAGAUCCUGUCCUACCUGGAUUUGGUGUCGAUAUUUCGGACAGCUCAGGUGUGCAGGAAGUUAUACGAUGUUGCGACUGAUCCGUUUCUCUAUCAGGAGCUAAAUCUCAAGCCGUAUUGGCAUUCUGCAUGCGAUGAUCUCUUAAUAACACUAACAAAGAGGGCUACACUGCUGAAGAAGCUGGAUUUGUCAUGGUGUGGUUUAUUUAAUACCAUAACACCGUCCGUGUUUAAGGAUUUUGUACGGAAUUGCUGCAAAAAUCUCACCCACCUUCGUCUCAACUCCUGCAAAUUCAUCAAUGCCGGCUGUAUGGAAGUUGUGGGUAGUGUCUGUGUCAAUUUGCGCGAAUUGUGUCUCAGGAACUACUCAAAGUCACCGAGUGUCCUAAAUUUUCACUGCCUUAAGAAUCUGAGGUGCCUCGAGAGACUCGAUCUUUUUCGUACGGCUAUUGAUUCGGACCUCCUGCUCAUGACCCUGCGAUACAAUCCUGCCCUUAAACACCUCAAUCUGGGUAUCUGUAGCUCCGCAGUGAGCAUGGAUGAUGUAGCCAUUCAGAUUUCACGAUAUAAUAGAGCAAUUGUGUCCAUUGACAUGUGGAAGUCUCACUAUUUGUCCUCCGUGGGGCUCCUGGCACUGUCUCAGUGUCAUGAUCUGCAGGAGGUGGAUUUUGGCUGGUGUUUGCGCGAGGAGGCAUCACCAGGUGAUAGUCUCAAGAUCCUGCUCAAAGGAUGUCCAAAACUCACCAAAGUCUUCCUGGCUGCCAUUCGGGGCAUCAAUGAUCGCGAUCUGGAGAACAUCACGGAGUUCUGUCCGAAUCUCGAGCAGCUUGACCUCAUGGGAGUCCUGGGUAUCACUUAUGACAUGUGCUACAAGAUUCUCAGCAAAUGUCACAAGCUUAAGGUGCUGGAUCUGAGUUUUUGCGAUCAAAUCGAUGAGAUUCAGGUGAAGCUUUUUUUUCAAAUAUAUUUCCGGCUCUAUUUUGGACCAAAAUAUUUUAUUUUAAAUUACAGACUGCACUUUGGCGAGAUGUUUUUGGGGUCAGUAUUAAGCGCAAUUUCGUGCCUCCUGAAUAUCCCUUUAUCACAUAAAAUUAAUGUACAGCAAAUUUGGGUACUAUUAUUGCAGAGAAAUCAAAAGACAAAGCGUAUUUUUUAUACUUGUUCACAUUGUGUGCUUGAUGUGUGUAGUUUGAAGUCAAUUUACACGGUAUAUAUAUAUUUAAAUAAAAGAAAGAAAUGAUUUUAAA